GAAGAGGAAGGGGGGAACAAAAGAAAAGAAAAGACACAUUUCAGAGAAGAGGCAGUAAUGGCCGGCAGGCAGGUGCGCUUUGGGGAGGGAGAGCCCGGGGGUUUGAAGCGGGGGGAGGUCUGGGGCUUGGGCUCGGGCUUGGAGACAGGCGAAGGAGAAAGAGAAGCGAGCGGUGGAGACCCAGGGAGCCUGAGAGAGACGGGGAAAAGCGGCCAAAGGUGGGAUAACGGGAACUCCGGGCCGGACCGAGAGGUGGGAAAGGGGGAGGAAGAGAAGAAAGAGGAGGCGAGGGAGAGGGAGGAGGGGAAAAGCAACAGAGCAAACGGAGAUGUGACAGAGAAUGGACUGAAUAGCGGGCAGCAAAGUAAAACAAGACAGCAAGAGCACGAUGUCUCCUUAUACGUCAAGGCUGGUGGUGAUGGAGAAAGUAUUGGAAAUUGUCCAUUUUCCCAGCGACUCUUCAUGAUCCUCUGGCUCAAAGGUGUGAUAUUUAAUGUUACCACAGUGGACCUGAAAAGAAAGCCUGCAGACUUGCAGAGCCUGGCUCCAGGCACCAAUCCACCGUUUUUAACCUUCAAUGGAGAGGUCAAAACAGACGUCAACAAGAUUGAGGAGUAUCUGGAGGAGAAACUGGUACCACCCCGGUACCCAAAGCUUGCUGCCAAAUAUCCAGAGUCCAAUUCUGCCGGAAAUGACGUGUUUGCCAAGUUCUCAGCCUACAUUAAGAACACGAGGAAAGAUACAAAUGAAAGUUUGGAAAAGGUCUUGCUGAAAGCCCUAACGAAGCUGGACGACUACCUCAACACCCCUUUACCCGAUGAGAUCGACGCCAAUAGCACAGAGGACAAUGUGGUUUCCAGGAGAAAAUACCUGGACGGAGAGGAGUUGACUCUGGCAGAUUGUAAUCUCUUGCCCAAACUCCACAUUAUCAAGCUCGUAGCGCUGAAAUAUCGCAAUUUUGAGAUCCCGGCAGAAAUGACUGGGGUCUGGAGGUACCUGAACAAUGCUUACGAGAGAGAAGAAUUUCUCAACACAUGUCCAGCCGACAGAGAGAUUCAGGUCGCGUAUUUGGAUGUGGCGAAGAGAAUGAAAUGAGUUCAUUCCUGUGUGAAGCAGGCCCACCCUGGAAACGAUACACACUUGAUAUGAGUAAGAAGGAGAGAGCGCUUUAUUUUUGUUGGAUGCGUCACUUUUCGAAAUCUCUUGCGGUAUUUGGACAAUAUUCUUUUCAUUCUUGCGUUUAGAAUAAAAUUGUUUUAUCGUUUUGACUGAUUUUGUUUUCUCCCCCACCCCUCUCGAGCUUAGAAUGUAACGGUAACGACUUCAAAGU